AACAAUUCUAAUACUUAGGUAAGAAAAUCACAAUGUAAUUAAAGUCAUAUAUGUGUAGCACCAAUAAGACAAUAUUAAAACCCCAAAGGCCUCAACCACUUUAAAAGCAUUAGUAUUAAAUUAUAGCCAAUGACCAACAUGAUUAAGGGGUAAUCAUCUUCCUUAUCUCAUAAAAUUAGUUUAUAUAAAGCAGAGAGAUUAGCAAAAUAAUGUCAAGAUUAAGAGACAAAGCAAAGAACUUUGUAUCAGAGAAAAUCGCAAAUAUGAGAAAGCCAGAAGCAAGCAUAGAUGAUGUUGAUCUAAAAGGAGUCAACAGAGAAGGUGUUACAUAUUGUGCUAAUGUUGGUGUUACCAAUCCUUAUUCUCAUUCCAUUCCUAUUUGUGAGAUCACAUUUCAUCUUAAAUGUGAUGGCAGGCAAAUAAUAUCCGGAACUAUUCCAGACCCAGGUUCAAUUAAAGGAAAUGAUAAGACAAAUCUAGAAGUGCUAAUGAAGGUACCACAUAGUGUGAUUGUUAGCUUGGCUAGGGACAUCUUUAAGGAUUGGGACAUUGAUUAUGAGCUUGAGAUAGGUCUCGUUAUCGACAUCCCUAUCAUUGGAAACUUUACUAUUCCUGUUCGGAAAAAGGGAGAGAUCAGGCUUCCCUCCAUCAAAGACUUCUUUCGCAAAGGAGAAGAUAACGAGGAAUAAACCUUCUUUGUGAAUUGUGAUAUAUAUACUCAUAAUUGUCUUUUAUUUAUACCCAUUUCCUAAUGUCUGUGGUCUAUGUACCAACCUUAACUUGUUUUUAAGUACUAAAACGCAAAAAUAUUGAAUCCCUGAUCAAGUUGUUUAUGGAGCAAAAAAAGUUAAUUGAGUAAUCAAA